AUGCUGAACUUGUACCACUCUUCUUCCGUACUGGUGGCCGCCGUCCUCUUCCUCAUUGCCACCGCAGCAGCAUCGGUGGCCCCCUCUGCAUCGCCGCCGGUGUACAGCGUGACGAACUACGGUGCUAGGGCAGACCCGAAAAUGGACUCGACGACGGCGUUUUUGGAUGAAAUGGAGCCGAGCCUCCUGAGCUGGACCUACCAGGAGCCCGGCGUCAAGAACGUCACCGUCAAGACCGUCAACAUCACGGAGACGACUAACGGCCUCCGCAUCAAGACGUGGGGCCGCCCCAGCUCGGGUUUCGUCAGGGACGUGCUCUUCCAGCACACCGUCAUGGAAGGCGUCCAGAACCCCAUCCUCAUCGACCAUAACUACUGCCCCGGAAACCGCAACUGUCCCGGUCGGGCCUCAGGGGUCGAGGUCAGUGACAUCAGGUACUGGAAUGUACGUGGCACGUCGAGGACCGAGUUCGCGGUGAGGUUCGACUGCAGUCAUAAGGCAAACCCCUGCUCAGGGAUACAGAUGCGAGAUGUGGCGCUUGCUUACGUCGGCAGCGACAGUGGUAGUGCUAGUACGGAGGCGGCCGCGGCCGCGUGUACGAAUGCAAGGGGUACUUCAUUGACUUAUGUGACGCUAGUGGUCAAGUGUUCGUAG